AUGCUCUUAAAUGCCAAUAUCGCCCUCUCUUCCUCAGCGGCACUCCUAGUCCCAUACUCAUCAUGGCACGUACCACGCUACCACGAGUGGAUGAAAGACCCGGAUAUCCAAGAAGCAACAGCUUCAGAGCCAUUAACCAUAGAAGAAGAAUACUCCAUGCAACGCAGCUGGCGCCAAGACGCCGAUAAAUUGACCUUCAUCGUAUGCCGGGCCAUCUCAACAGGCGACGAAGGCGACAUUCCCAGCCAACGGAAACUCCUAGUCGAAAGUGACUCGCCUUCCAACAUGGUUGGCGAUAUCAAUCUUUUCUUACGGAUUGAUGAUGGUGAUGAUGGCGAUAGUCCGCCGCAGAUCGUCGGCGAGGUUGAGCUUAUGAUUGCCGAGAAAGUGAAUCAGAGACGUGGGUUUGGACGCGCGGCGUUGCUUAUGUUUAUGAGGUAUAUUGUUGAGAGACAGGGUUCGAUUCUGGAUGAGUUUGUUGGUGGUGGUGAUGUUGAUGUGGAGACGGUGAGGAAGUUGAGGACUGGGGUUGAAGGGGCGGGGCUGUCGGGGGGUCUUGAGUUUGAGUGUUUGAGUGUGAAGAUUGGGCAGGGGAAUGCGAAGAGUUUGGCGUUGUUUGAGUCGACGGGGUUUGAGAAGUGUUCGGAUGAGCCUAAUUUCUUUGGCGAGUUUGAGCUGAGGCGUAAGGAUCUUAGUCUUGGGGGUGUGGAUGGGGCGCUUGAGAAGGCUGGUGUUAGGGGGUUUAUUGCGUUACCUUACGAGCGGACGCAUUAG